AUGCAGUUCAUCGUCUCCUUGGCCCUUUUCGCUGCGGCUGCCGUCGCUCAGACUGGCACCGUGGGCGGCGCCAGGAACGUCACGACCGUCACGCAGAUCGUCGACGAGAUCGUUACGUACUGCCCGGAGCCAACAGUGAUUGUGAUCAACGACGAGUGCUACACCGUCACCGAGCCCACCACUCUGACCAUCACCAACUGCCCUUGCACCAUUACAACUACCGUCCCUGCCGGUCCUACCUACCCCGUCGUUCGCGUCCCCGACGCAACUGGCGGCUACGUCCACCCGCCGACGCCCGAGUACACCCACACUGCCGCCGCCGGCCCCAGCGCCGACCCAAGUCGUAGUAUCUUCGGCCUGGCCGUUGCUGCUGUUGGUCUGGGUGUUCUUGCCUUGUAA